AUGGCAUUGUGUCGGGGGGUAAAGAAUCAGACACGCCAUUCUGGAUUACUCUACGGAUGGAUAAUGCCAAAACGAAAGGGUCAAUGUUCCGUCUUGAGGUGGGAAACCGGGGAAUGUCUCCAUGCAAUCUGGCCGACCAGAACCAGCAGCCAUGGUAAACAGAGGCUAACGGUGGGCAACAUACUGGCUGGUGCCGUGUGCUCAAGACGGAAUAUCUCAGUCACCGAGAGCCUGUCCGUUGGAGAACAGAGAAAGUUGUCGCUGUGCUUUGCCUUGGUGGUUACUGCUAUCUUGAGGGCCAGGCAGUUGUGCUCAUAG